UGAUUUAGUUGGUCGAUCACAAGACACAAGAUCUGCUCUAAAGUAAAGUCCGUUUUUUUGCCUUAUCCUGCAACAACUUUUGUUGUUAAGACAAAAAUCAAUCAACAACAAAAAUGUCGAUGCAUUCCGCUGGAAAGGGAAAACUGUUAGCCGUCAUUGGUGACGAGGAUACCUGUGUGGGAUUCCUACUGGGUGGUGUAGGGGAAAUCAACAAGAACCGUCAUCCAAACUUUAUGGUUAUUGACAAAAAUACAGCAGUUGGUGAUAUUGAGGAGACAUUCAAAAGAUUCAUCAAACGAGAUGACAUUGAUAUCAUUCUCAUCAACCAAAAUAUUGCAGAGAUGAUUCGACAUGUUAUCGACAGCCAUACACAGCCAAUUCCUGCAGUAUUGGAAAUCCCAAGUAAAGAUCAUCCCUAUGAUGCUAGUAAAGAUUCUAUUCUGCGACGUGCUAAGGGUAUGUUUAAUCCUGAAGAUAUUCACUAACUGCUGAUCCUUAAAAUGGAAUUUUAUUAUCUUAAUUUCCUAUGAAUUGAAAUUAUAAGAAUUGCAAUAUUUAUUAGCUUAAUUAUUAUAUCUCGUUGUAUUAUCGUACAGUAUUGUUGAAAUGUUAUGUGUGUACAACAUUCCGCCACAUAUUUUCUGUAUUGGCACGGCUGAACUCGCGUCUAAUAUUCAAAUAGGUGCCGAAAAAGUCGGAAAAAAAUGAGAUACAUUGUUUGUAUUGUAAAAAAUAAAACAGAUUUUGAUGUACAGU